ACACACAGCGCCGCUGCUCGAGCGCUCCGGUGCUUCUUCUCGUACGCUCUCGCGCUGGCUCUCAGUUUAAACCGCUCGCGUCUAGCCUCGCGCGCCCUAAGUCUCCGUUCUCACGGAGGCACGACAAGCCUGAAACAGCCUGGGAUCAUUUGUUAUUUAUUACAAUUUAAAAAAAAUCUCCUCUGCUCUUUCCACCUUUCUUUUUUUUCCCAGAAGAGAGACCGAUACAGAGAGACAGUGUGUGUGUGAGAGAGAGCGCGCGCGCGCGACAGAGAGACAGAGAGAGAGAUUUAACGGACACCUGCCCGAGGUGAUACACACUUUGUAUUAGAACUCCGAGGAGGAACCGAGUUAAGUUUUCGUGUCUCCAUCUGUCUCAGGCUUGUGACCCUGUGGGACAUUAUUUCUUUCUUUCUUUUUGUGUCACUGGCACAAUGGGACCGAUUCUUGUCUUCUUCGUCCUCUGUGCGAGUCUCGCUGUCCCGCAUCUCGCGAAAGCGACAGAGGGGAAAGAUCUUCCUUCAGGACCCUGCCACCCAAACCCCUGCCACAAUGGAGGCACGUGUGAAAUCAGCGAGACCUACAGGGGCGACACGUUCAUCGGUUACGUUUGCAAGUGUGCACCUGGCUUUAACGGCAUCCACUGCCAGCACAACGUCAAUGAAUGUGAAAGGGAUCCGUGUAAAAAUGGAGGGAUCUGUACGGAUUUGGUGGCCAACUAUUCCUGUGAAUGUCCAGGCGAAUACAUGGGAAGAAACUGUCAGUAUAAAUGCUCUGGCCCACUCGGUAUGGAAGGAGGCAUCAUCUCCAACCAACAGAUCACCGCCUCUUCCACCCACCGUGCUCUCUUUGGUCUGCAGAAGUGGUACCCCUACUUCGCCCGCCUCAACAAAAAGGGACUGGUGAACGCCUGGACUGCUGCCGAAAAUGACAGAUGGCCCUGGAUCCAGAUAAACCUGCAGAGAAGGAUGCGGGUCACGGGCCUGAUAACACAGGGGGCCAAGCGGAUUGGGAGCCCUGAGUACGUGAAGUCAUACAAAGUGGCCUCCAGCGACGACGGAAAGACAUGGAGGACGUACAAAGUCAAGGGCACGGACGAGGAUAUGAUAUUCCGGGGUAACGUCGAUAACAACACUCCAUCGGCCAACUCAUUCACUCCCCCUAUUGAGGCUCAGUAUGUGAGGAUCUACCCGCAAGUCUGUAGAAGACACUGCACUCUGCGCAUGGAGCUCCUAGGCUGUGAACUCACAGGAUGCUCAGAGCCUCUGGGACUGAAGUCUGGCCAUGUACAGGACUACCAGAUCACAGCAUCCAGCACUUUCCGAACCCUCAACAUGGACAUGUUUACCUGGGAGCCCAGCAAAGCCCGUCUGGACAAGCAGGGAAAGGUUAAUGCCUGGACGGCUGGACAUAGUGAUCAGUCUCAGUGGCUACAGGUGGACAUGCUUGUGCCGACCAAAAUCACAGGUAUAAUUACCCAGGGGGCGAAAGAUUUUGGCCAUGUGCAGUUCGUGGGCUCAUAUAAGCUUGCUUACAGCAAUGAUGGAGAAAGAUGGCACAUAUAUCAGGAUGAAAAACAGAAGAAAGAUAAGGUUUUUCAAGGAAACUUCGAUAAUGACACACACAGGAAAAACGUCAUCGAUCCUCCCAUCUACACCCGUUUCAUCCGGAUCCUUCCGUGGUCAUGGUAUGGGAGGAUCACUCUGCGUGCAGAAGUGCUUGGAUGCAGGGAGGAAGAGUAAAAAAAUUCCCAGAUCCCACUUUUUCUCGCUUGGUACACUUCAGUACCAAUUUCAGAUUCAAUAUAAACUUUGCUCGAGCUGUAUAGAGGAUCAAUUUCCAAUAGCAUUUGCUUUUUUUGUUCCUUCAAAAUGGUUUGGAAAAAAUGAAACAUCCUGGGGGUGGGAGUGGUCGCUGUUUUAUGUUUUGUAUACUAAAUUCUGACUAACGUUAUGUUUGUCUUCUUAGUUUCCUGUGCUUGGGUUCAUUUGUUUCAAGUUCAAGAUUUUGCCCUGUGUUUAUAGAGUCUUGUAAUUUCUGAUAUGAUUAUGGGAUUUGGGUUGGGUUUAUUUCACUGUGGCUUAAGCAGUGGGAUGUUAGCCACUAGAUGGUGUCACUUUGAAACCAACACAAAAUAAAACAAUAUACUAUGCUUCAUGGACCAUAAGCAAACAGCUUUAACUCAUUUAACUAAAACAAAACUGAUAAGAUGUUUAAAGCACCACUACUAUAACAACAGCAUUUAUGUUUCCUGCUUUCCUGUUUUUAUUUUAACACCUUAUCAAAACUACACUUACAUAAAACACUGAUGUUGUGUAGACAAAAUAUGAUGCUCUUGUAUUAUAUAUUAAACACUAAAUUACUGCAUGGUGCAUAAAUUAUAUUAGAAAUGUUAGGCAUCUAAUUCCCUUAACAUUGUAUUUUUGCUCCAUAUUAAACAUUUAUCACUUAAAUUAAUAACUUUGAAUCUGUUUUUACUUGCAUUUCUAAAAAAGAAAAAAUAUCUAUAUAUAUAUACUUCUAUACCAAUAAAUACAAAUAUUACAUAAGUCAAGAACUGGAAAUUAUGAAAUCAGUAUUAGAAGUGUGGCAUAAACGUAGCUCUUGCUGAAUUUUCACAGGUACAUUAAUGAUUGGACUUUAUUAAUACUAAAGUGCACUUCCAACGCAAAGCUACACUUGGAGACUUGUCACACAGCCUAGUUGCACCAAGCCGCUCUCACACAAACGUCACAGGAAUUUUAAUGAGCAAGAGAGAUUUAAUUGGAUAUAUUAUUCCAAAAUUCUUUAAAAAAACAAACAAACUUGCUAACCCUCAUAACUUUUGGCACUCAUAACUUUUUAUAGCUUGUGCAAAUUUUUACAGAUGUGCAAUUCUGUGAAAUUCUGUUUGUUUGAUACCUAAAAGACAGGCUAUCGAAUGUUUUCAGCUGGGAAAUGUCCAGGAGGAUUUGCAAUCUUGGGCUAUCUUUAAUCUCAGUUGUAUUUAAUAUGUUGCUGUUAAAAUGUGCUACUAUCUUCUAUUUGUAUGUCCAGUUUCUUGCUGUUUUUUCUUGCCCGGUUAUUUCUUUUUUCUUUUUUUUUUUUGCUGCAUUGCUCAGCUUUACUACUGUAUUUUUAUUUUAUUUUUUUUAUUUUUUCAUUAAUGUAAAAUCCUCAGGUUAGAAGUCACAAGUCACCCCUUGGCAAAUAGAUAUUCAUCUAAAUUAUCUAAAGUAAGAACCUUCACACCCAAAUUUAAACCAUCAACGUACAAUCUAAUGUACUAUAAAGAUUAUGAAGAGUUAUACAUUCAGUAUGUUUAUACAGCUAUUCUUUGAAACGUCCAGUGAUGCCCAUUCACUGGGAAUCCAUAAAUUUGUUUGUCUGUCUUGGGAAUCAAUGAAUUCAGGGUUAUAAUGGGAAAACUGGAAAGGGUUAAACUAACAUCUAUCCUAAAAAUCAUCAGUUUUUCUUGAAUGCUGAAGAGGAGUGGAUAUCCCUUUUUAAAGCAGGGGGAAAGGGCCACUUAGCCAUGUAAUGUAUCAUAAUUAUAUCCUAAACCAUUCAUCAUUGGUCAUUUGUACAACUUUGAAUGUGAUGUGUAACAAAAAAAGAAAUAAAAAAAAAAAGGAAAGAAAGAACAAAAAUCCAUUAACAAUGUUUAUUCACAGUAUGGUGACAUGGAAACGUAAUCAUCAUGUACACUUAACAUGUUUUCUAACAGAUGAAUGUUGCAAGACGUCAUAUAUUUGUAUUUGAUUUACUCUGAUUUAUUAACAUCUAUAUGGAGGUAUUGAUAUGGUAAUCCUUGUCUAACAUUGCCCUGUGUCGCUGCUAACACAGGCUGUCCUGUUCAAAUGACUUGUGUGCACAUUGUAACAGUUUUUUGUACUUCUUGGGGGCUAACAUUCAAAGAAGAUAAAAACCUUGAAAAAAAAAUGUCCAUAGGCACAUUUUUAAAAUAAUAUAUAUAUACAGGUGAGUUCAAUAGUCCGGUAUUUCUAUUUUAUGUGCUGUGAAUAGUGAUGUGUAAAGCUGAUAUCAGGAUAUCCCUGUGGGCCACACAUCAAGUUUGCUUCUUUUUUUUUGGCUUCAUUUCGUUUUGUUUUGUGUUUUUACCUGACAACUUUUGCAAAGAAAUAAAUGUCACCCCCAUGUUUUGCAUUCGAUUGCAAGUAUCUGACAAAGUGUACUGAUAACAUGCUGAUUAGUAAAAGCUGAAGAGUGUACAAAAAAAGCCAUUAUCACCUGUUAGUCCACUCUUUGGUUUGACAAAUAAAUCAAAGUCUGUGAAAUAAA